AUGAUCUGGUUUUCCUCUGUCACACUUUCAUUCUGCCUCCAGGUCCUGUCCCCACUGUCCGACUCAAUCCUGGCGGAGAAAACUGUCACGGUGGUGGACGACAAAGUGACCAUCACAGAGCUGGGGGUCCAGCUGGUGACGGGACUGUCGAUGGGCCUGCAGUUGAGUCCAGGAAGCAACAGGGCCAUCCUGGCUACGACCAGCACACAGGAAGUUCUGCAGAACCCCAAACAGGAGGCUUUGAUCAGCGCCUGGCUCCAGUUCAGUGAUGGCUCUCUGGCUCCGCUGGAUCUCUACAACACAGACUUCUUCGUGCUAACGGUCAUGUCUCUGAACGAGAGGGUGGUGACUGUGCAGCAGGACCCCUCGUGGAAGUGGCCUAUCAUCGUGACGGAGGCGGAGGGUCAGGGCUUGUUCAUUAGGGUGGAAAUGACUGUCAGCGAAGCUUGCCAGAAGUUGAAGCGCCGCAGCGUCCUGGCCGCGGGAAACUGUAACGUCAGGGUGGCGUUUGGUCCCGGCGAAGGCUCAAGGGGAGGCAGCAACGACUACGGCCCAGACGGAGACGACGUGGAGAACAGAGGCAGGCUCUCAUCACAGGACAGGACCGGCCUGGACACCCACUACUACGGCAGCUCCAUCUCUGACAUAGAAGACGCGGGGUCGAGGAGAGCGACCACGACCAGAAGUGCUAUCAUACGCAGGCCUAAGCUCUCUGACAACGGUGGCCGAAACAUGCCAAUUGACUUUGCAGACUUCCCCGCCCAGGUGGAUCUUCCUCACGGCCGCAACACCGACGACGACCUCAUGCACGGCGGUCGCGGACUCACCGACCUGGAGAUUGGCAUGUACGCUUUGCUCGGCGUCUUCUGCCUUGCCAUCCUGGUCUUUCUCAUCAACUGCAUUUCCUACACCCUUAAAUACCGCCACAAGGAGCUCUCCAUCGAGGGCCAGGAGAACCUGAACCACGCCCACGACUGGGUGUGGCUGGGGAACGAGGCGGAGCUGCUGGAGAGUCAGAUCAGCCUGUCGCCGCAGCAGGAGGAGCAGACCUCCAUGAUAGACUCCAGCAGCGGCCUGGAGGAGGGCAGCCACCUGCUGAACGGCGGCUCCGUGCAGAAGAACGUGCAGGGACAGGUGCACCGCGCCGCGGACACGGCAAAGGACGUCAAAGGAGACUCUCCCACCACCAAGAGGAAAAGAGUGAAGUUCACCACGUUCACCACUCUUUCUUCGGACAAUAGCCACCCGGCUGUCAGCACGCUCACGGGAAGCCACAGCCAGGACAUUAAGUGGGUGUGCCAGGACGUGCAGCUGGGAGACUCCAAGGAGUUGCGUAACUACAUGGAAAGGUUAAACGACAGUGCUUUAAAAGAGGUGGCGUAAUGUACAGCGUACACUUGCUACAAACUCACCCUUUUGCCUUUCAGAGGAGAGUGGGUCUCAACAGAUCCGUGUCUGGGGAAAGAGGAGGAGGAGGACGUUUGGACACAGAAUCACCUCAAACUGCCAAAGGAUCUUCAGAUUUAAGAGAACGGCCGUGAAUCCACUCAUUAAAAAAAAACAAAAAAAAACAUACACACACACGCACACGCACACACACACACACACAAACAAGGCAAUCAGGUGGAUCAUUUCCCUUUUAGUUCAUUAGAUGAUGAUCUUUUUAUUGUUGUUUUGUUAAUACAGGAAUUAGAAUCCAGAAAACCAGGACGGAUCCUGACAGUCAAGUGACUAUUAAACGAUUUUUAAACAAACUCUCUACAACAGCUGGAUAGACGUUAAGAACGUGUGUGCACAUCAAAUUGUUUUGGAGGUUUUGUAUCGCUUUGGAUACUCAUUUCAUAACCCCCCACACUCCCACAACCCCACCCAGUCGACGGAAGAGUUCUGGAUGAAAGCGGGCCAAGAUGAGCUUCUGCAUGUUGUUGGUACCAAGAAAAAAAAAAAAAUGGCACAAAUUUCCAAUUCUUUCUUAUCCUUCUUUAGCAAGGCAGAAAACCUGUUAUGUACAAACCGAACAUUCUCCAAAUCAUUGUAUUGUUGCUCUGUAUAUGGUAUUUUCAUAACAAUUAAGGAAUACACAAUAAUGUCCAAACUGUGAA